AAUGAAAAGAACACCAUUCCCGAAAAUUACACGACAUGCUUAUUUAUAUUUGUGUUAUCAGAUGUUCGCCUUCUCAGGAAUUUUUCUGAUCUAAACUCAAUGAAAAAUGAAUGUACACAUCAUCGUACCACGGAUAAGCAACCUCAUUCCUUCAUUGCGUUUGUACCCCGAAGUGAUUCGCACAGCGUAUUGCGGAUGAGCGAGACCUAA